GCCAUGUGUUAAACGUCAAAAUCAACUUAGUGCAGUUUCGCCUCAACAAUAAAGUACAAAAUUAUUUUUAAACAAAAAGGCCGGAGCUCAGUAGUUUGGACGUCAGUAGCCAGAGCGAGCUGUGGCUACAGCAAAAAAGGAAUUCAGACAAAAUCGAAACGAAGAUCCAGACCCCCAGCAAGCAUGGAGGACAACAGUCCCAAUGGACGCAGCCGAAAGGCAACACUGCAUAUGGAUAAUCAGUUGGUCGGCGGCAAGUACCGGGUGGUCAAGCGCAUUGGUUCGGGAUCGUUUGGCGAUAUCUAUCUGGGUGUGUGCUUGAAAGACGCUGCCGAGGUGGCCAUCAAGGUGGAGAAAAACGAGGCCAAGUAUCCACAGCUGGCGUACGAGGCCAAGGUAUACCAGAAGUUGGCCCAAAGGCCAGGGUUUCCCACACUCGAGCAUUACGGCUGCGAGGAGCACUACAAGGCCAUGGUGAUCGAGCUGCUGGGUCCCUCGCUGGAGGAGCUCUUUUCUCUGUGCAAGCGUCGCUUCUCAAUGAAGACGGUUCUGAUGCUCGCCGAUCAGCUGCUGACUCGUUUGGAGAGUCUACACAGCAUUGGAUUCAUCCAUCGCGACAUCAAGCCAGAUAACUUCCUAAUGGGCGUGGGCAAACAGUGCAACAAGCUGUUCCUCAUCGAUUUUGGUCUGUCCAAGCGGUAUCUGGAUGCCGAGUCUCGUCUGCAUAUUCCCUUUCGCAAGGAUCGCAAUUUGACGGGCACCGUGCGCUAUGCUUCGAUCAAUGCCCAGAAGGGCAUAGAGCAGUCGCGUCGCGAUGAUCUGGAAUCGAUGUGCAACUGCCUGAUGUACUUCAAUCUGGGUAAGCUGCCCUGGCAGGGCAUCACCGCCACCAACAAGAAGCAGAAGUACGAGAUGAUACUGGAGAAGAAGAACAGCACGAAGAUCGAGGAGCUAUGCAAGGCGUUUCCAUCCGAGUUCGCUGUGGUAAUGAAGUACAUUCGUGGCAUGCGCUUUAAUGAGGAUCCCGACUACACCUAUAUGCGGCAACUGUUUCGCCUUUUAAUGAAGAAUCUAAGCUACCAAUUCGACAAUGUAUUCGACUGGUCGCUACUGAAGAAACAGAAGCUGGAGCGCCAACGCGAGCGUGACCAGGAGCGAGCACGUGACAUCACCGAAGCACGUCUAGCUAUGCAAAAGAAGUGCGAACAGUCGCAUCUUAACUCAGUGCUCAAGUGCAGUCACUGUGCCGUCGGCGAUAUGUCGGCAGCCAGCAAGAGAAAGUAAGACGACGACUACUUUCAAAAAAACACUUUCAAAAUUAGUUCAUUACAAUAUUGUCAUUUAACACGAAUGUUGGAAGAGAUUUGAGGCUGGGCAGCUACUUUUGGCUGACAAUUGGUGCACACUUGACUCAACUAUGUUUCAUUAUUUUUAUAUGCCGCAUUAAAGCUAAUUGCAGCAAGCUUA